AACAUCGACCGCGACAAAACCCCUUGCCUAAGUGCAAAAGAAGAGGCUGGAAGGUACUGGGGUUUUGAGGGUUGGUUAUCAUCGAGUCUCUGCGCACAGAGGCAGCGAAGGAAAGCAAGGAUGCCCCGCACCAGUGCAGUCGAGUCCCCUGGUUGUCCUCCUCUCAGAGCUCUAUCCACCGAUGUUCUGGGCCUAGUCAAAGUUGUUGAAGGUCGUGCUGAAAGAGGAGCUCCCCAAGUUGUGGAGAGAUGGGGUGAGCCUGAUCCUCGUCUCUCUGUGCUUGCCUCUUCCCUUUCCAUUCAUAACUCUAAACCAAUUUUGGCUGUUGCAAGAAAAACUGGUAAGAUUGAGGUGCUUGAUGCAUAUAAUGGAAAGGAGUGUGCUUCAACAGAAGUUGGUGAAUGUGGUACUCUGGGAAAGCUCAGUGACCUAAAGCUUGAAUCCGAUCCUAUUGUUGGUUUGCAUUUAUUCAGGUCAAGUGCUCUUCUUUUUUGCACUGAGAACGGAAACUCAUGUUUGAGGUCCAUUAAGAUCAGCGAUGCAGCAAUGGAUUCAACUCCAAGUGAUACCCCAAGCUCUUGGCGAGUAUGUGGUUCUGGCAAAGUGGCAUGUUGCUCUGUUGAUGGAAAUGAGAAGUAUGCCGUAUAUGGAGGUAAAGGUGUUGAACUUGGUGUCUGGGAUCUUGAGACAUGUAAUAAGAUGUGGACUGCGAAGGCACCUCGCCGUAACAGCAUUGGCCUAUUCACUCCAACAUGGUUUACUGCUGUAACAUUCCUUAAUGAUGAGGAUCAUCAUAAAAUUGUGACAGGCACAAACCAGCAUCAGGUGCGACUCUAUGAUAUUUCCGCACAAAGAAGACCUGUUAUUGCUUUUGAUUUUCGGGAGUCCCCUAUUAAAGUCGUUACCAAGGAUCCAGAUGGCCACACUGUCUAUAUAGGAACUGGAUCUGGAGAUAUUGCUAAUUUUGACAUGCGCACAGGAAAAUCCGUUGGAUCCUUUAAUGGAAAGUGUUCUGGGAGCAUAAAAUCUAUAGCAAGGCAUCCUGAGCUACCUGUUCUUACAUCUUGUGGAUUGGAUGGCUAUAUGCGUUUUUGGGAUGUGAAGACUAGGCAACUUCUUUCUGCGGUUUUCCUCAAACAGCAUCUUACUAGUGUUGUAAUUGAUGCAACUGCCACAAGGGAGUCUCUGGUCAAUGCAGGUGGUGAGAUCACUACUGCAGGCGUACCAUGUGACGCACCAGUAGGGGAUCAUACUAACAAUCCAUCAUCCUUGGAAAGGAAACCAUCCAAAGUGAAAAGGCAACAGCAUCAUGACCAUGAGGGCAAGAGGAUCAAAUUGAGAAGGCAAGAAAUAGCUACCUAAUACCAUGGAUUGAAGUAUUUUUGUGACUCAUGAAAAGUCUUUAGAUCCAAGUUGGGUUUUUCACACUUAGUGAUGAAAAAACCAGUGGAGGAAGCCUGAAAAGCUGUGUCGUGAUUCUAGCUAAAAUUUUGUGCGGGAAAGAAAAUUAUGCCAAAGGUCUUUGUAUGGAUACUUUCACCCACAGGUGCACCCAGAGUUUUCAGUGGAUUGGAGAUACAUUGUGUUUAUUGAAAUCAUAGUUUUGCAGAGAAUGAUUUGCUCAAAUUGCCAACAGCACUAGGAGGCAAGCAUUUAAGUUGGAUUUAGGUAAUCUAUGAGCUGACAUUGAUUCUGGAAUUUCAAACGAGGAUUUUAGAUCUCGUUCUCUUGUAUCAAGGCAAAUAAUAUGCUCCAUAAGUUAUAUCGCUAUUUCCUUUUUGUUUGAUAGCAAGGUCAUAUGGAUAUAUAUGCUACAGGAAAAUCCAAGCUUCUUGAAUGUGGUGUUUGCUUUGUAAUGUAGUGGAGUUACGGGGAGCAAUGAAGCUCCUCUCUGUUGAUUGUUUCAGUUAUUAUUAUUGAGCUGCUUUCAGUUUAGAUCUAAA